AUGGAUCUCAGCCCCAGGUCUGAGAUCUCAUUCUUCCAAACGUUCUUGUGCAGUGCCUUCACUACUUUUUUGCCGAGGAAAUAUGUUCUUUUGCAGUUUUGUACCAUUCUGUUGGACACCGCUAAAGUUAGGCUCCAGCUCCAAAAGAAAGCAGUUGUAGGGGAUGUAGCUGGUGCACCUAAAUAUAGGGGCUUGUUGGGUACUAUGGCUACCAUUGCUAGGGAAGAAGGUUUAGCAGCUCCUUGGAAUAGUAUAAUUCCAGGAUUACAGCGACAAUGCAUCUAUGGAGGCUUAAGAAUUAGGUUAUAUGAUCCUGUCAAACUUUUCCUUGUUGGCAGUGUUUUUGUUAGAGUUAUUCCUAUAUACCAUAGAGUGCUUGCUGCACUAUCAACAGGUGCUCUGGCUAUCAUAGUGGCUAAUCCAACAGACCUUGUAAAGGUUCGACUCCAAGCUGAAGGAAAAUUACCCGGCGGAGUUCCUAGGCAUUACUCUGGAGCUAAAGAUACUUAUUUCACUAUAGCGAGGCAGGAAGGUUUAGGAGCUCUAUGGACUGGGCUGGGACCAAAUGUAGCACGAAAUGCUAUUAUAAAUGCUGCUGAGCUAGCUAGUUAUGAUCAAGUGGAGGAGGUAAUUGCUUUCAAUCUCUGA